AUGGAACGUCGUCGCGCUAAUCGCGCUUAUGUCAAAUUGAUCAGUCAUAAAAAGGAUGCACGACGACAGCACAAACACAAACAACAACAAAAAGAAAAUCUCAUGCACCACCACCAAAGCGGCGCAGAGGAGAGUGAUUCUGAUGUGACACCAACCAAGAGUGACUUCAUCGAUGCCACCGCUUCACCACCGCCAGUCAGUGACGCUGCAUUCACCUCCUUGCAACGUUCGCGCUCGAUGCGCGCCUCCUUCCGCCUGCUCAAAGACAAACUGCAUCAGACGCGGCAAAACGCUUUUCAAUCACCAUUCAAAUUGCACACCCACUUGAGUUUACGUACACGCAAGUGCAGCAAUAACGCGACAGCCGCCAACAAAACAACAACAGCAACAGCAGCGCGUCUGCUCGACGAACUGGAUGCGGUUGCGGCGUUGACAAGACCAAUGCAGCGCCUACGACAUGUCAAUCAAGUGGCUGCAGAUGAUGCUGCCGUGGCAGCCGCAACAACGCGGCAAUUACGGGAAUCGCAAGAAUGCGGCGCUGCAAUGCGUCGUGACGAAUGUAAAACGGCGGAAAUUGAACGGCUCAUGGCGGGAUUGCCGCUGAGUGGACGCGCGGCAGAGCCGAACUUUUUAGCCGCCCAGUUACGUGUACCGCGCAAAGCAUGCAAAUUGCUACAAAUACCCGAGUCCUACUGCCUUAAAUACCUGAGUGAACAGCAGCGCAGUGUGGACUUGAAAGCCGCUGGAAAAGUGUCAGUGACAGUGGCGGCAGCGUUGCAAGCGACCGCAACUACGACAAUAGCAAAUCAAAAGUCGUCACAUUGGGCGGAUAUAGCGGUGCAGGCCACGAUGACCAUGUCUGACGGUCAAGAGCAGAAUUUCGAGGAGAAAAAUCUACUGCAAAUCGCUGGCGAUGGCAUUUAUGGUACAACGCGUAUGCGCACGGCAACAAUAAGAAAACCGGUGCCGUACCUGAAUAGUCACAAUAUUCAGCCGCAUAGUUUAACGCUCAAUCGUGCGAGUUGGCGUAAAGCGCGUGCCGAUAGGCGUGAAGAAGCACAAGAAGAGGAGGAAGAAGAAGAUGAAGAUAGUGGUGGUGUAGGCAGUAGCUACUACUACAUUGAUAACACACCUGACAUUGAUAAUGACAACGGCGGCUUUGUCGAUGCAGAUGCCGACAGCGUUGUGGUGUUGAGACGUGCAGCGUCUACGCCCAGCAAGCACAGUAGCAAUAACAAUAAUAACAACAGUAGUAGUAAUAACAAUAACCAUAACAAUCGCAAUAGAAGUGAUAACCACGAAGAACAAUACUACAGCGCGUUACGUGCGCCAUGCAAUAACAGCAAUAACAACAACAACUCAAUACAGCUGAACGGUGAUAAUAGCGACGAUAACGGCUGUGAUGCCGCAAAUACAUUCCGUUGGUCUGAGCAAUGGACACCAAACGUGGCUGUAGCCAAGAUACGCACGGCCAUCUCGUGUACGUCCAACGAUUUGCGUGAAAUGGAAUUUCUAUUGCCGCAAACGGGUGUAAAUAAUAUAGCAGCAGCAGCAGCGACAACAAYAACAGCAACAGCGUUAGCAAGAAAUGCCGUAAAAAUGGCAACAACAAUGCCAUUAAGUGCCAACAACAAUAAUAACAAUAACAGUCAUCACAACAACAACAAUAAGAACGACGGCAAUAGCAAUAAAAUUUUGAGAAUGACUGCGGACAAGCAGCGCAGCAAUGGUCCAAGCAGUGGCCUGAGUGUGGCACGUCAAGCGCGCAACUCUGUGGCCGCACAACCGCAGGCUCCGCUAACGGCCAAACAACCGAAAAUAAACGCCAACGAAUCAAUGGAGUUGGCACUAAAACCGCCGAACUUAGCCAUUUACCGCCAUUCGGCAUUUGUGCGUACGAAAAACAACGGCGACGGCAGUUUAAGUAGCGAUAGUCUUACCACCAACGUCGGCGCUGGCAAUUGCGGCAACACGCCGUAUCGCAAUAAAAUGUCGAAGAAACAAUUAAAGUUGGCUCAGGCGCAACUGGACAAAUUGAAUCAGAUCAAUUUACAUCAACAUGCUCUGUUUUCGGCAGUCGAACAUGGGCAUCUCGACAAAGCGCGCACCAUUCUGGAAUCAACCGAUGUGGAUGUCAAUAGCAUAAACAGUGAUGGCCUGUCAGCUUUGGAUGUUGCUGUCCUCAGCAACAAUCGCUCGAUGACCAAAAUGUUGCUGCAACAUGGCGCAAUCGAGGGCACACAAUUUUCCUCAGAUACCAUCGGAAACAAGCUGAAUGGUCUGCUCAAAGAUGCUGAGUCUCGUAUACAGGACUUGAGUGGCACAUCGGAUGGUGGGCUUUGCCAGCCCACAUUUGCAUCACGGCCGUCCAUAUCCAGUAUUAUUAUUGGCAACACUGGCUCCUCCGUGACCGGCUGCACAGGCAACGAAAUCGAGAAGCAAAUCGGCAAUUGGGAGCGACGCGUGAAGGGUUUGCGACGCCUGCUGCUCGGCUGGGAUCAGACGCGCCCACCGGAUGCGCCCGCCUCGGUGGCGGUGGAUGUGACGGGCGACAACUCGAUAGCGCUGCAAAUACUCGAGCCGUUCGAAGGUGCAAUUGCCACGAAAUUCAAAGUGCAAUGGUCGACUCGUGCGGAUUUCAGCAACAUUGUGGGCGAACGCGAAAUGGUCGACUGGACGAGUUUCCACGGCAAUAUGGGCACACAGUUACAGAUUGGCGGCUUGACGCAAGGGCGCCGCUACUUCAUACGCGCUGCUUGUGGCAAUGUCAAAGGUUGGGGCGCGUAUAAAACGUCUGUGCCCGCAAGCGUUGUGCCAUCAAGUUGGCGCGAUUUCAAUAAUCGCGAAGAUCGUUAUGUGGGACGUCAGCGUGUUUUGGACAAUCUUUUUACGGCAGUACGUUUGGCGCGACCAGCAGAUGUAUCAGAGUUGACGUUAGACGUCGGUGCGGCACAACGGCGUAAUCCAAAAAAAAAGACUACGAUAAAGCAACUAUUUUCGGUGGCAUCGAAAUUUCAAAAGCACUUAAGACGCGGCAUCUACUUGGCGAGCGUCGUUUAUUGUGAGGACAAAGUCCUGGUGACUAGUGAAGAUUUCUUGCCCGUUAUCGAGAUAGAUGAGACAUAUCCGAGCAGCUUAUAUAGUGAUUACCACUGGCUAAUGAAAGUUGCCUGCACCUGGGACGAUGUAAAGUCAUUACGCACGGAUAUGGAGCGAAAUUUAACAUCCGCCGUACAUUUUCGCACCAAACUCCUGUCCGCAGUUUGUCAAAUGCAAUCGACGUUGGGUCUCAAUGACUUGGGACAGCUUUUCUACAAACCACUACGCGAUUCGCAUGGCACAGUUGUCUUAACCUGCAUACAGUCUGUGAAGAGCCAGAAAACCGUCUCCAUACUCAACUCGCGGUGGUUGCCACUGAAUAAAUUGCAAAAGAAGAUAGUUGCACUGCUGGAGGACUACAACAUCAGUGAGAUGUUAAUAUCCUCCAUCAGCGAGCAAAUACACUACCAUCAAACGUCUACACAACGUCUAAGUCCAGGCUUAUAUUUGGGCUAUCUGAAAAUGCAAUGCUCUAUGGACCAGAUACAAGUGGUGGUGCCGGUGAAGACACCCAAUGUGUUGCCUCAUUACAAGGUGCGGAACAACAGUCACAUCACUGCCGAUGAAUGGCAAAUACUGAAGCGUAAAAAGUCCGCGGGUUCCAACAGUCGCAGCAAUAGUCCCUUGAAUAUGGCGCUGGAAUUCAAUACAAGUGCUGAAGAGACCACCGAAGGCCAACGUUUAUUCCUCUACGACCUCACCAAUGCCGCGCAUAAAUUAUUCACCUAUAUGAAUAUAAAGCCGGAGGAUGCCAAGACGCAUCGUCUGUAUGACAUCGAAGUCAUUGAGCACAGCAAAGACAUUAGCUUUCUAGUGAUCUGUCCCGCCGUCGAGCUGGCUUGUGCCGUGCCGGGACAGUCAGAAUUGCUGUUGCAACGUGACGAUCUCGCCAGUCUGAGCAUACAGGCCUUCGAGAUGAUACACCUGCGCACUUACCAACCUGGCAUCAUACAAAAAUAUGCACGCCUCUCCUGCAUACUGGAAUUAGAUACAGCGUUGGCCACACAUUCGCAACGUGAAGCCUUCUCCACAAGCGAACUGCAAACGGCCAGGGAACGCUUGGCGAAAUUGCAAGAACUGUCAGCGAACUUGAAUGCCGUGUGGAAGAGUGUACGCUGGCUGAUGGACGUGAUUGCGUUUGCACGCGACAAAAAUGCACAAUCCUCAGAGAUCAUGAAAGACAUACUUGCCUAUGACAAUAGCAGCGAUAAGUGCAGGGAGGGUCGCACUGUGGAUAAGCAGCUGCUACAACCACCAACACGCGAUGCGAAAUACACAAAAAGUUCCGGACGUGGCAGCUGGCCAGGGCCGGGUGCCAAUUCACAGGGCACCAGCAGUAACUGCUUAGCAGCCGAACAUUCCAAGUCCGAACAAAAUCUAGGACGUAGUGCUAUAACGCCCACCUCCUGCGCAAGCAUAAUACCGCCGCAACAGUCUGCCACCAAAUCGCAUAGCAGUAACGAUUCACGUAAAACGGUCAGUUCCACCGGUACGCAACAAUUGCUACAAGUCAGUAUGGGUGGCUACACGAGCUCUGACGUUUCGUUGCGCAAAAAUAGCGGUGACUCAAUGACCUCGUCCCAGUACACAACGCGCAGCUACUACUCGGGUGUUGAAUCGGCGCUGGGCAGUAACAACGAACUGGGACAGAUCUUUGCAAUACCACCCUCACGUUCCGAUGACACACUAGCGCUGGGUAGUUUGGAUGGAACAAAACACACACAUUCCGCAGCCACGCAUCGCAAGCGUACCAGUUCCAACAUUACACAGCAUGUAACGACGCCAAUAUCCUUGGCCACCGCAACACAUUGUUCCAGCUCCGCGCCUUACUUGCCCACCGGCUCAAAUCUCUCACUGAAAACCGCUUCCAGCUCUGACUAUGACAUCAAAACGUCCAAGAUCAGUAGCCAAACGGCCGUCGAACAUUGCAUUGGUGGCAAAGUGAAGGCUGCUUCAAGCGCAAAUCUACGAGAUGGCGCUCUCUACUUAAAAACCACGCAUACUGCACUGCCCAGCGGUGUAAAGCCUAUCAGCAGUGAGGAAGCCUCCACCGCCGCUGCGUCAGCAACUACUGCAAAAACUGCCUCCAUAAAAAGUCUCUCGCGACACAGCAGCGAAGAGGACACUGCGAGUGGUUCCAGUCACACCUCUGAACAAGCAGCCAAUGCCGCCGCACUGAGCAGCUCGCCCAGCUCAGGUAUCAUACAAGUCUACACUGCAUACAAUACUGGGCUGGCGUCCGGUACUAGCCUCAAAUUGCAUGUAACGCCAAAGACAACCGCGCGUGAAGUAAUCAAUUUGGUGGUGAAGCAACUGAAUAUGGCGGCAGUGCUGAAAGGCAACAACGGACCCAUCUACACGGCGGAUAUGCUGGAGAACUUCUGUUUGGUGGCAGUGAUAGGCGCACGUGAGCGUUGCUUGCGUGAUGACUUCAAGCCAUUGCAAUUGCAGAACCCCUGGCGCAAAGGUAGACUGUACGUGCGACAAAAACACGAACUGCUGGCGGCCAUUGAACAUGCAAAUCGCAAAUCUCAUCUGAUUUGAGUGAUGCGAGAGAAGUUAUGUGCGGGAGAGAAGCCAAUUAAUAGAACUUUGCGAAGCUGCUGCCGUCUGUGGAAAAUGUAGCACGUUUAAAAUUAUUGCAUUGUUGUUGGUAAAGCUCCGCACCUCGUUUUUUUCCUGUACACUACCUGAUCCCAUAAACUUGUUAGUUGUAGGUAUAUAAAUGAGCUAUAAAUGUAAAAGUAGUCUGGUGCGUAGAAAAGACUAGUCGUUAGCUAAUCAUGUCCCCGGAAUGUAGGAUAUAAUUUUUUGUAUUUUUUUCAUCUUAUUUUUGAAUUAAAAAUUUUAAUUUUAAAAUAUUUUUAGGUUAUUUUUUUUUUUGCUAUCAGUUCCGAAACGGCUCUAAAAUCAUACAUAUUUUUACGUUUCUGUGCCAAUAAUUAUCUCAUCAGUUACUAAAGAGCCUUCAUUUCCAGAAUUUCAUAUUUCAGAUUUUCUAAUUUCGAAACAUCUUUCAUCUAACGGGUUUUCCAAUAAGAGCGAUACAAAACGUUCUUUAUUAAUGUGAAAGUACAUUCGAUUGAAUUAUGGAAAAAACCGACACUGAACCCAAUUUUUGACGGUUUUCAAGCAUAAAUCGACCGAUACUGCCGUAAUUUCACUUUCGAUAUUCGUACGAAAUUCAUUAAUCGUCGCUAGCUUGUUGACAUAAACCAUGGACGUGACGUAGCGCCACAAGAAAUAGUCUAACGACGUCUAAUCGCACGAUCGAGACGGCCAAUUGACUGGACCAUUUUGUGAGAUAAGACAUUCACCAAACUUGGUUUACAAUAAAUCGAUUGUGACACUUGCUGUGUAGCUUCUGGCACCAUCCUAAUGGAACCACAUAUUCUCCAAGUCCACAUCAUCCAAUUCGGUCCAAAAAUAUUCGGUUACUAUUGAGCGAUUCACAUUCAGCCAGAAGUGAGCCUCAUCACUGAAGAUGAUUUUUCGUCCAAAUUCAAGUUUUUGGUCAGCCCAAUUCACGAACAUACAACGACUCUCUUGAUCAAGCCUCUUCAGUUCUUGCGUCAAUUUGAUCUUGUAAGAUUUGAUCUCUCCAAGAUCUUUUAGCGAAAUUCGCCACAACGACGUCACAGAGAUGCCCAACGCUUGAGAACGUCGUGUGAGGGACUGAUUUGG